AUGAGACUUGGACGUCGUCGAGAGGAAAGUCUCUCAUCAUCCGACGACACGACGAUAUCGGAUCAGGAUGAUGAGACGCAUUACGAGUACAUUCUCAAGGAGAUGUACGUGCCUUCUUUAAACGAUAACUCAUUUGCCGACCAGAAAGACCUUGUGGACCUUGUCUUUGUCCACGGACUAGGGGGAAAUCUCAGAACCACUUGGAAGCAAGAGGGUACGACUGAACCGUGGUUUACGAAGCCAGAGUUUCUCGGGCGUCUUAAAGAUUCGGUUCGCGUCCUGUCAUUUGGCUACAAUGCUCACCGUUUCGGUGAUGUCGCCAAUACGAGAAUAAUUCAUCACGCCAAUGAUUUACUCAGAAAUCUAGUUCUGAAACGGCUUGAUCACCCAGACCGCCCUUUAAUAUUCAUCGCUCACAGCCUUGGUGGGCAAUACUACUAUGCGCAACAAACGACGAUUGGAAAGCUGUGA